UCCAUUUUAUAUCUGUGUAGUUUUUCCAUUUGAACUCAUAGGGCCGCUGUUGACCACAGUGUCUAACAAACAGUAGGUUUGUGGCAGCGUCUCUUCUGCACCGUCGACAUAAUAAAGCAAGAACACGACGUGAAAGGAUCRCUAAAGCCUUUUAGAGUUUUUGAGACCUUUUUCGGAUCAUCGYUGUUGCGUGAAUGUUGCUGGUUUUGAAACGAUCCUCAUGAGCUGAAUUUAGAUCAACAUCAUCGCCAAGAGUAUUUCCAUAAGGAUUUGUCAAUGGAUUAUUACUCGGAUAGAACAAUGACGAGGCAAGUAACGCUGUUCAUAUUCGUCCUCUCCCUCGGCUUUGUGCUCGGGCAGGUGUCCUACACUGUACCGGAGGAAAUGGCCAAAGGAUCUUUGAUCGGGAACUUAGCUCAUGAUUUAGGUCUGGAAAUUAAACGUCUGACUUCAGGUAAAGCACGGAUUUUUACUCGAGACAGCGACGAGUACUUCGAGCUCAACAGAGAAACGGGGGUCCUCUUUGUGAGAGAAAAAAUUGACAGAGAGGCGCUCUGUAAAAAGACGACGCCGUGCGCUCUGCAAUUUCAGAUUAUUUUGGAAAAUCCGAUGGAAUUCUAUAGUGUCACCGUCCAGAUAACAGAUAUCAAUGAUAAUCCGCCAACAUUUGAAAAAAAUGAAAUUGAAUUUAGGAUAAGUGAAUCGGCUGUUACUGGAGCUAAAUUUGCUCUAGAGACAGCUGUCGAUCUUGACGUUGGAGUUAAUGACCUCAAAAGCUACACUUUAAAGCCAACACAGAAUUUUGCUUUAAAGCUUCACAAUAAUCCUGAUGGCAAUAAAAACUUGGAGAUGGUGUUACAGAAGCCUUUAGACAGAGAAAAACAGGAAAAGAUAAAUCUGGUGUUAACAGCUGUAGAUGGAGGAGAGCCACAGAUGUCAGGAACGAUGCUGGUUGUUAUUACAGUGCUAGACGUUAAUGAUAAUGCUCCGGUUUUCACACAACAGAUAUAUAAGGCUAGCGUAAUUGAAAAUUCGCCUCAGGGAACAAUUGUCACUACAGUUACAGCUUCAGAUGCAGACGAAGGUUCUAACAGUAAAAUAAGAUAUUCAAUUAGAAACACAUUAGAUGACGUGAGGACAACGUUUAAAGUGAACCAGGAAAACGGCGAAGUAACUUUAAUUGGAAAUACAGAUUUUGAAGAGUCGAGAAGUUAUCAAAUACAUUUACUUGCUACUGAUGAAGGAGGACUUACGGAUUCUUGCAAAAUUAUUAUUGACAUACAAGACAAAAAUGAUAAUGUACCAGAAAUACAUAUAAUGUCGAAGUCCACCAUUAUUUCAGAGGAUGCAAAAAUAAAUACAGUUGUCACAAUGAUAAACAUCGAAGACAAAGACUCGGAACAAAACGGAAAUGUAAAGUGUUAUAUUGAUGAGAAUAUGCCGUUCAACUUGAAAUCAUUAGCAAAUAAUUUCUAUAGUUUGGUGACAGACAGCGAAUUAGACAGAGAAAACAAUUCAGAGUACGUAAUUAAAGUGACCUGCUCUGAUGGAGGUGUGCCCUCCCUCUCCAGCAGCGUCACUCUCACCUUACAGAUCUCUGAUGUGAAUGAUAACACGCCUGUCUUUGAGAGAAGCUCUUACGAGGCAUACAUUGUAGAAAACAACACACCAGGUGCGUCUGUAUUUACAGUAAAAGCUACAGAUGCUGACUCGAACCAGAAUGCUCGUAUUUCUUAUAUCUUGGAAGAGUCCUCUGUUAACGGAGUGCCAGUCUCUUCCUAUGUUUCUGUUAGUGCUGAUAGUGGAGUCAUCCAAGCAGUUCGCUCUUUUGAUUACGAACAGAUCAAAGAUUUCCAGUUCUGCGUUAAAGCACAGGAUGGAGGCUCUCCUCCACUCAGCAGCAACGUUACUGUGAAAAUCCUGAUCCAGGACCAGAACGAUAAUCCACCUCAGGUUUUGUACCCAGUCCAGACUGGUGGCUCCAUGGUGGCUGAAAUGGUGCCUCGUUCAGCAGAUGUGGGCUACCUGGUGACUAAGGUGAUCUACAGAUGGAGACAGUCUCGCAUCCUGUAUCACUCCAGCCUCCCUGUGAUUCCAUAUUAUCCACCUCGUUACUCAGACACUAUGGGAACAGGAACUCUCCCACACGUGUACAAUUACGAGGUGUGCAGGACAACUGACUCCAGAAAGAGUGACUGCAAAUUUGGCAAAGCAGGUAGUCAAAAUAUGUUGAUAAUGGAUCCGAGUUCAACAGGGACAAUGCAGCGGAUGCAGAUUGAGAAGAGCAUCCUGGAUGAACCCGACUCUCCUAUUGAGGUUAGAAACUUUUAA